AGAGUCAGAAAAGAACAGAAGUGAUGACCCAGUGGAUGUACAAGUCAACGGGAAUCUUAUCAAGGAGCCUGACAAUCUGGAGUCGGAAGACAACAGGGCUGCACAGCUGAACAUGCGGGGAGUGUUUCUGCACGUCCUCGGAGACGCCUUGGGCUCCGUGAUCGUGGUAGUGAAUGCCCUGCUCUUUUACUUCUUCUGGCAGGGCUGUUCUGAAGACAACUUCUGCAUAAACCCAUGUUUCCGUGAUCCCUGCAGAACCUCCGUAGAGAUCAUCAACAGCACCCAGACGGUGGUUCGAGAGGCCGGUCCCUGCUGGGUGCUCUACUUAGAUCCAACUCUGUGUGUGAUAAUGGUUUGUAUACUUCUUUACACAACCUAUCCAUUGCUUAAGGAAUCUGCUCUCAUCCUUCUACAAACCGUUCCCAAGCAAAUUGAUAUCAAACAUUUGGUAAAAGAGCUCCGAGCCGUUGAAGGCGUUGAGGAAGUUCAUGAGCUACACGUCUGGCAGCUUGCUGGAAGCAGAAUCAUCGCCACUGCUCACAUAAAAUGUGAAGACCCGACCUCAUACAUGCAGGUGGCCAAAACCAUUAAGGAUGUUUUUCACAAUCACGGAAUUCAUGCUACCACCAUCCAGCCUGAAUUUGCCAGCGUGGGCUCUAAAUCAAGUGUAGUCCCAUGUGAACUUGCCUGCAGAACUCAGUGCGCUCUGAAGCAGUGCUGCGGGGCGCGACCUCAAGUCCUUUCUGCCAAGGAUGCAGACAAGACCCCGGCAGUUAGCAUAUCUUGUUUAGAACUCAGUGAGAAUCUAGAGAAGAAGCCCAGGAGGACUAAAGCUGAAGGCAGCCUCCCUGCUGUCGUGAUAGAGAUUAAAAACGUGCCAAAAAAACAGCCCGAAUCAUCUUUGUGAGUCUUGAAAAAAGAUGUGAUAUUUGACUUUGCUUUUGAACUGCAAGAGAAAAUAGACUCCAUUGAAAUACUAAGUUUUUGCCAAGUAGUGUAAUUGAAGUCCUUGUCUGGUCGCACAGUUUAAUUCUAUUUUUGUAAGAACAUAAUGGAACUGCAUAAGAGAGCGUUCUGCAUUAGCGCCUUGUGAUACUAGUGCAUAGUGCAGCUACGCUGUAACACUUUGUGAAAGCCAGUUUUAACACUAUGUUACAUUUUUUGUUUAAAGUAAGUAUAAACUUUAUAUGACAUAAUGACAUUUGAUUCCUGGUUUUCCCAUGGUAAGAAUUAGGGGGAUAAAUAAAAUUGUUACUGGAAUUUCUCUGCUUUUCUUCCCUCCCCCCAAUUGUUAUACAUUAUUUGUUAGAAUUGUAACUGCUGGACCUCUAGAAUCAUCAAGUUUGUUUCCUUUGUUUGAGGGAAUAGCUACUUGCCCUUUGCGAUCAUAAAACGUAACAUAAUGGCAGAGUUUCAGAAUGACUCAUGACUUAGCAGGAAAUAAGAGCAGUUACUAGUCUGUAUUCUCUACUGCUGAGUAGUAAACUGAGAACAUUCUCAAAAUGAAUUAAGAGUUCACACAUAGUGGAGCGUAUAGGGGAUAAGAGCAGGGAAAAAGCAAACUAGGUAGGCUAUUAUUUAAUAUUGAGAUUUCAUAUCUAAAUUAUCUUGAAAAAUCUCAAGUGGUUUUCUUUUACCAAAGUCACUCAUACAGCUCUAUACAUGUUUGCCAUCAUUGCUUUCUUUCAAAGACUGGGAUUGGUGAUGUUGAGCUAAAAGUUUCAAAAUGCAUGACUAUUUUUUUUUUUUUUUUUUUUGAGAAUGAAGACUUGGUCUUUGUGAACUGCAACUAUUAAUCUUAAAUUGUGUCUUAAAAACCUUUCAUAGUGACGGGUCAUGUAGAUUUGACCUUUCUUCUGCACAGCAAGCACAGCCUGUGCAUUUUUGCCAAGAGCCAGUGACUUGAAAGAAAGAAAUUGGAGGUUCAUGCAUAUCUUAGAGAGCAAAAUGAGUAAGAGAAAGUCUGUAGGUCUUUAAGCCAUCAUGCCUUGACUGCUCCAUUUUCCAUCAGUGUCCCACAUUGCACCCAGGAAGUCAUUCACAGCUGUUCCUUUGCCACAGAUUUCAAAUCCAACACAAACAUUUGAAGAUACUUACGUUAUAUUUUCCCUGAUCAAGAAAGGUUAAUGCUUUGUGAAGAAAAUGUACAUGUUUUUGUCUUCAAAAGAGUGACUAUUAAUAUCAGUUGUGUAUAGCUCUAUUUUUCUAGGAACAUAGUACUCUGACUACUUCAAUAACUUUUAUAGCUGACUACUUUUGGGAAAGUUCACUUUUGGGAUUUGAAAUAAUUCUUUGUUUAAUAAUCUGAAAAUGGAAGUGUUUAGAGUAUGACAGUUACUUUUGAAGUGAUGGUCUUUCCCUAGUGUAAAAAGCCUGUUGCUGGCAACGGGCCUACUUAAGAACAGCUGGAUUUUUUUGAAAAGAAAUCUGAUUUUUGGAACAUAGUUUGUAAGUUCACAUUUACUACCCUGGGCCAACCAUCAGCCUACAUAAUGCUUCACUCAUGUGUGAUCCAACCCCUUGGAGGGUGGUUACUUUGAAUUUUGCAAAAAUGUGCUUUUUUGCUUUUUUUCUUUAAACAUGAAAUUUAGAGAUCUAUGGGUGAGUACGAGAGAACUCCAAUUGUCUCGAGUACACUCCUGACAGGCACCAUGCAGGUUUUAGUGGUUUCCGCAAUGACACACAGCAAGGUAAACUGGUUGAAAGCCUGCGCUACCCAGCCAGUGUUCUUCAGAAACACUCUGGGUGGGGUCGUGUCGAAGGUGUGCCCCACCAAUUGGGACAAGGGCUUUGUUGACCUAUUUUUCAGGAAAAGUGGUACCAUAGGGUUUUUUUUUUUUUUUUUUUUUUUUCCAAAGGUGUUUCUCAUAGCAAAAUCCAUGGGUACCCACUCACCUUGGAGUUUUAGAGAAUUAUUUAUUUCUUUACAAUGCACUUUCUAACCCAUUUUUUAGCUAUAUUAGCAUUAUCUUUAAGAAAAAAAGACAUGUUUUAUAUUUAAGUGUUGUGGGACUUGAGUGUCUUUUCCAAAAUAGCUUAUUUCUUCUUGAAAGAAACGGGAAGCUACCUUGGCCUCUCGGGGACUAGCCCCCUGUUUAAUGUGCUUCCUUUCACUGCCUCAGUCCCAGCCACGAGGUUCUACCCGUCCUGUCUUCGAGCAAGGCCAGUGUGGACCUGUCUGUCAUGUGGCGCUAAGUGAGAAGGUGGUGUCUGCUCCCAAAUUGCACUCGACCAGGAGUCUUUCCAAGCCAUGUGCACCUUGGAAGAAGGGAUUUCAUUUUCCAUGGUCAGCUCUUAGCUUGUAGGAGUAAUGCUUUUUUUGGGGGGGAGGGGGCGUUGGUAUCUGUAUCUAUCUACAUUGUAGAAAUACAAGCUAGAACAUGAAAAACAAUCCUUAAACGUUUUACUGUAUUUUCACAUUAAAAAGAAAAACAAAACGCCGGAUGACUUUAGCCUGAGAUGUGUAAUUUGGAAAGUUGCAGGAAGCUGUUUACAUGUGUGUGUCUUGUCAGCAUUCUGUUAUUUUGAGUUUCUGUAGUUUUGAGGGGAAAGAUAAAACCUAAUGUGAAGUAUUUGGUGUGUAAACUGGUUUUGAAUGUUUGUUUUACAAGCAGAUAACCAUUUGGACAAUAAAUGUCAUUAACCUGCUGUCUUAAGGUAGUCAUACACAAAUAAGGAGUGUGAUUCUACAAUAGAAAAUUUUUUAAUACUACGUUUCAGUUAAGUGAUAAAACAGUAUUAAGAGGUCUUGGGAAGGUGGAAGGUUUUUUUGUUGUCUUUUUUUGUAAUUGAAACUGUCCUAGUGCUUCACGGUCUGGUCUGGGAAAUGGGACUGUAAUCGCACUAUUUUGAUACAGCACUGCAUAUAUCCAUACAGAUGUGUAUAUGGUGAUGCUAUUUUGUUGUACUAACAAGCUCUGGAAUAUUUAGCAGUCAUUUUCACUGGCACAAGAGCCUUUCGUAUAGUAAUCAAUUUAAACUUUUAAACCAAAAAUAUUAAGGUUCAGUGUCUGGCAGAUAGAUACUGAGGAGAAUGUAACAUAGAAUUAAUAUGUGGUUAUAUAAAAAGACACAGAUCGCCAUGAUAGGGGUCUGCCUUGAAACAGCACAAUGGAGUGUCAGUGUGUCUGUGACUUUUUGAGACUUUUCUCGUGUUGGUUUCGUCCGCUGCCACCUGUCCUCUGGGCCAACAGUGCCAUUGACACGGCUCUCAUCCUGUUGAGCACCGGUGCAGACAGAACUCAGGUGCAGCAACAUUUUCCCUAAUUGCUGUGUGUUUUAUGACUGUGUGUUAUUUCCAAAGCUGUUCCUACCUCACCACGAGGCUUUAUGGAUUGUUAUGUAUUAUAAAUGUUCUAUGAGACAAGACUACUGUGUUUCUUCUCAUUUAUUAAAAGUUAAGUAGAAAAAUUAA